UAUAUUUUCCCAUGAUAUAGAUGACCAUAUUUGUCCAUAUUUGUCCUUCUAUAUUUGUCAAUCAUAUACUCCUAUAUAUAUGACUAUAUAAGUCUAUAUCUAUCAUUUCCCAGAAACUAAAGUCCGAGGCGCAAUAAUAGAGGUCAAUAAAUCCACAUCCGUAACCACCGCCACCGCCAUGUGCACGCUAGAGAAGCGCGGCGAGAUCUUCUUCCUGACCCUAACCGCCGACGACGAGCACCGGCUCAACCCGGCCCUCAUCGACUCGCUCCGGUCGGCCCUCCGCCAAGCCAAGGACCAGUCCACCCGCGGCUCGGCUUUGAUCACCGCCGCCCGGGGCAAGUUCUUCUCCAACGGCUUCGACCUCGCGUGGGCCCAGUCCGCCGCCGCCGGCGGAGGAUCCGCCCACGACCAGCUGCUCCACAUGGUCGAGAUGUUCAGGCCGGCGGUUGCGGACUUGAUCGCGCUGCCGAUGCCGACGAUCGCCGCCGUGACGGGUCACGCGGCGGCGGCCGGGAUGAUGCUGGCGUUGAGCCACGACUACGUGUUGAUGAGGAGCGAUCGAGGCGUGCUGUAUAUGAGCGAGCUGGACUUAGGGAUGACGUUCCCGGACUACUUCACAGCGCUGGUGAGGUCAAAGGUGGGGUCGUCCGCAACACGAAGGGACAUUUUGUUGAAAGCGGCGAAAAUGAGGGCGGCGGAGGCUGUGGCGAUGGGGAUCAUCGACUCCGUGCACGAUAGCGGGGAGGCAACGGUGGAGGCUGCCGUGCGCCUGGCGGAGGAGUUGGUUAAAAGGAAGUGGGACGGUGAGGUGUACGCCGAUAUACGAAAAUCUUUGUACCCUGAGCUAUGUGGCGUCCUGGGAUUGGCCAGCCAGGGAGUGAUAGCCUCGCCCCGGCUUUGAAAUGUGAAAUUGUUUUGUGUGCUAGAGAAGAAUAAGCAUCUGCUGUAAACGUUAGGUCACAAGGUUUGUUUGUGACCUAGUUUGGUAAGUGCACUAAUGGCAUGAACCUUGAUGUUAAAAUGAUGGUACAAACUUUCCUCCA